AUGCCAACACUCAAGCGUGACCGUGAAGCCAUGGACGACGAAGGUGCAAGGAANAAGAUGAAGACCUCUGCUGUCGAUGAAACUCCCACGAUCCACCCUAUCAUGGACUUGACCGCCGACGAACCACAAUCCAAACCCGGCGCCCAAGUCCCUGCUGAACAAGACCUUCANAGUACGAAUCUGCUUCACUUGUAUUUUCUGUCUCCUACUAACACACCACUCCCAAAGACUCUAAAAACACUACGAGGCGACUUUGACGACUUGCGCAAUCUGAUAACCUGCAGGAUUUGCGAACGCCUGCUUUACGAACCUUACGUUAUCUCUUGCGGCCACACGUACUGCUACAGCUGUUUGUGCACUUGGUUCGGCACCAGCAAGAAAAAGACAUGUCCAGGCUGUCGCGUGGUCAUCACACAACCGCCCGCUCCCUCCUACGUCAUCCGCGAAAUGAUAAACAUCUUUAUGCGCAGUCAUAACCUUUUACCUGACGGAGAAGCCAUCGAGCAACACCAACAAUGGGCGUUCGAAGAGGCGGAAUUGGUCAAAAAUGAUAAGAACAAUGAGGAUCCUAAGACUGGAGGACUCUUCAAGGGAAUGUUCCGCCAGCGUCGUAAGAGAUUGCUGCCAAACCACGAUCCCGUGGAUCACGUUGACAGAUGUCCGCGCUGCAAUUGGGAGAUCGAGGAUGGCAUGUGCAUGCAAUGCGGUAUCCAAAUGGACAGCUGGAGCGACGAAAGCGACAUCAGCACUUCCGACCUCUCAAACUCUUUGCACGCCGAGAGCAUAGAAGACGAUUUCGAAGAAGAUGACAUGGACGCCGAUCCUGAUUUUGGAGAAUUCGAUGGGGAGUUUGAUAUUGAUAUCAACCCUCGAGCUUAUGAUGCAUUUGUGGAGGAGCAUGGAGGAGCACUGGACUAUCUGAACCAAGGAGCUGCUGAUCGCGCAGAGUUUCUGCGAGAAAUGGUUGCUCGCCAGCGCGCAAGAGAUCGCCAGCGCGGGAGAGAGGCGGUCGCGAGAAUGAGGGCCGCAAGAGAUGCUUACCGUCGCGCUACACGGGAUCCCGGUCUGCUGGACGAAGACGCCGAAGACGAUUUGAUGGAUCAGGAUGAAGACGAGGACGAAGACGAAGACGACCAAGACGCAGGCUCAAUCGACGAAUUCCUGGACGACAGAGACGUCAACGACAUCACCAACUACGACAUCAGCUCACAAACCGAAGACCCCACACCAGCACGUCGACAAAGACACCGCCAUCACCACGGCGAAGCAUCAAGUUCAGAGUCAGACUCUACCGACUCCGAUUCCGACGGCAUACGCCACAAUCCCCGAUUCCGGCGUCCGCAGAUCCCCGUCUACACUAUUGAUUCCGAAGACGAAGAGCCAGUGGCACAACCCACCCGCCGCCGUCCCAUCCGUGUAGUAGACAGCGACGACUCAAGUUCAGAAACCAACUCUUCAGAGAACGAAGACGAUGAAGCUCCCAGACGCCCCCAAAUCCCUGCUUCUCGCCGCUUUAACCCUCCAAUCUUGGCUCGCAGACAACGUCCCAUCCGCAUCCUGGACAGCGAAGACGAAAACGAACAAGUCAGUAAUUCCUCUGGCACCGAGGAGGAACGAUCUCUGGGUACAGUAGAAGACGGAGAUGCAGAUGCAGAAGUGCAAUACAACGACUACAGCGAUGACAUUGAAGCUGCUCAGGGAGGCGCAGAGCAAGCAGGAUUUUCUCCUAUGCAAAGCAGUGGAAGCGAAGACGAAGACGAGGGUGAUCAGCAUGCCGUAAACUACUUUAAUGUUUAUGGCGAAGAUGAUGCAGAGGAAGAUGGAUAUGGCGAUGAGGAAGAUGGACAAGAAGAGGAUGAUUAUUAUUAG